UACUCACACUACAUAGGUUACAGGUACACAGCAUAUACAGCAUGUGCAGGAAAAGAGGGACCCUGAUAUUAAGAUAUGCAGUUAGUUAAAAGUUUCAUUAAGUAGUUCUACUGACAAACGCCUUUUCUUUACUAGCCCAUUAUCUGCUGUGGCAAAAUGUUAAAAACCUGUUUUACGAGUGACCAUGAAUGUAUCACGUCACCAUGGUAACAUAACGCCGUGACAUCAGAAAAGUAAACUAAGUGUGGCUAAAAGCUAACACAAAGCUAUCUAGCUUAUCAAAUAACCAAGGCAGACUAUAAAGGACACGGUACGAUGGACAAACUUGACGGCUUGGAGAGUUUUUUGAAGAAUGUUGACAAAAUAAGUGAACUGGUGAAGGAUAUGAAGUCCUCCGAUGCCGAAGUCCAGCAAAAAGCAAUGGAAGAAGCUGACCGCUACAUUGCUGUUUUGGAUGAACACUGCACGACAAAAGUCAACAAGACUACAAUCAACACAAGCCCACCGCAACAGCCUUCCGUAAGUCUGCAGAAUGAAAGUCCAGAGAAUUUCAUGAAGAUUAUGGAAAAAGAUGCUGAGGACAGGAGAGCGAGGAGGAUUGCAAAAGAGAAAAAGGCAACUGCACUCAAAGACAAGGGCAAUGAAGCUUAUGCUCAAGGGGACUAUGAAACUGCUGUGAAGUACUACAGUGAUGGCCUGGCUGAACUACGGGACAUGCAGCCUUUGUACACCAAUCGAGCACAAGCUUACAUCAAGCUUGGAAAGUACAAGGAGGCCAUCAGUGACUGUGAAUGGGCCCUGAAGUGUAAUGAGAGGUGCAUAAAGGCUUACCUACACAUGGGAAAAGCAUAUCUGGCAUUGAAGAAAUAUAAUGAGUCCAAAAACUGCUUCCAAAAGAUAUUGGAGAUCGAACCUGCGAGGGAGAAGAUGAUGAAAGAAUACCUGACACAGGUAGAUUUGGAAGCGGAGAAGGAGAGUCAAGAGAUGAAAGCAAUGCAAGAGCUUGACAAGCGAGACGGGAAUGCCAAAAUAGUGCCUGAACUGCUGGAGAAGCUGUCGAGGCCGGGCCAGGCGUCCCUCUACUACUGUGGGGGAUUUGAGAUUCUGUCAAAAUCAGUAACUGACUGCACUGGCCAGACGCUCUUUAGACUCAACAAUGGCUUCAACAUCAUCAGCAGCAAUGACGUGGUGAAGAGUUGCCUCUUGCAAAAAACAAAUGAUGGAGACAGUCAGGAGCUGUGUGCCUCUGUUCUGAGAUUAUGGAGGGCUAUUUGUUGUGGAAAUGAUGAAAACCUGAAGAUGCUGAUGUCAUGCCCAGUCAGCAGACAGUCCGUUGUUGACUUGCUAACAUCAAAGCAUGGUGCAGUACAGAAAGAAUGCAUAGCAUUACUAUUAUUGUACUCACAGAUGCCACAUGGAAGAUGUUUGGCCAUUGGCAACUUGAAUGUACACAAGUUAGCAAGGAACCUCAUGGUGUGCAUCUCAAAGCAGCAACAGGAGAACACAUCGGUUAACAUUCUGGAGAACUUUGCAGCAGAAAACAGAUUUUGCAUUCAGUUAAGAAAAGGAUUGACAGACUCAGUCAUCGUGCCAUUUACAUCAGUACUGGAAAAUAUGGACAAGUCCAGCCAUCAUGUCCUUCCGUCUCUGAUAUCGGCUGUUGGCCGUCUGGCUCAAGAUGAAGUCAUCCGUCACAAUUUUGCUCAUGAUCCAGAAUGUUGGAAGGCCUUUCUGAUUGCCAUUAGGCUGUGCAGUGCAUGUGAAUACAGAGAGGUCCUCUACCCUCUGCUUGGUUUGAUCAUCAACCUUUUAACAAUCAACUCUCCAGUCAUUCAGGAGAAUGCUGUUUCCCUCUGUAACUGCUGUCUGGGCCUGCUGAAGGAUACCGAUGGAGGCAUCAUAACUAGAGCCACAGGCGUGCUGUGUAAUGUCCUCCCUCAGUCCACUGAGGCUGUUCAGCAAGCUAUUCAAGGGGAUGUGGUCCGAACCAUGCGUCGACUGCUGAAGGGAACAGGGCAGACUGCCACUAAGUAUGCCAUUAAGACUCUGACUGUGUGCACUGCUGCCAGUCAGCUGGCACGGGAGGAGCUUCUGAAGUCCGAUAAAAAACUGUCCAUUUUACGUCAUUUGUUGGGUUCCAGCUGUGAUGAGAUGGUGUCUGGAAAUGCAGCCCUGUGCUUGGCUCAUUGCCUUGAGUUAGAGGGAACUGCCAGCAACCUGCUGGGCACUGAUAUUGUGCUGGUGCUUCUGCGCCACGCUGCAGGAGAUGCUAAGAGGACAACUGUGCAGCAAAAUGCAGCGAUUGCUCUUGGGAAGCUAUGCCGCUCUGAGCCGAGGUACCCUCGCACCUCUUGCCUGAAGGAGCAUUGACAGACAAGAUAAAUGUCACUCUGUUAAUGAGCUAAUGCGACAACAUAUGAACAAACUUCGAGAACUAAAUGGCCUUGAGAUCCUGCACUCAACAAUGCAACAUGUGUCAUAAUAUCCUUGCUUCUCAUCAGUGUUGUUGUGUCCCCUGAGCUCUGUUCCAGUCAGUGAUCGUCAUUAUAAACCCUCAAUUAUUCAUAAUUUUUUAUAUGAUUUUUUUUUUUUUUUUAAGUCAAGGCUUUUGUGAGAAUCAUCUCAGACUGGUUCAUUUGAAUAAAGUUCUGCUUUUAAUGACCAUA